AUGGCGCUCUGCUCCUCGGCCCUCAGCGGGGCGCCCAGCGGCGGAGGGCCGGCGCCGCCGUCGCUGCUCCGGGCGGUGCAGGGCCUCCUCCUGAUGGCCGCCGUCGCGGCGCAGCUCCUUUGCUUGCGCUUCUUCGAGGGCCGCACGUUGCCGGUGCUGGUGGACAUCGCGGCCCGCUGGUCCUUUGUGCGCCUCUGGGAGCGGUCGUUGCUCACCUCCGCGGGCCUGCUGCUGGCCGCUGGGGCGGCGCUGAGUGGCGCGGCGCUCCUGGCCCCAUGUGCCGGCGGCCUCUCCGCCACGGAGAUUGCGGCCGCAUGCCUGGCUGCCGCCCUUGGCUGGGCACCGCUCCUCAACUUAUACUUGAUGCUGGCCAUGACGAUCCAGUUUUGCUCGCUAGGCCUGGACGCGUUCGCGGUGGAGCUGCUUAAUGCUCCGCACCUCUCGGGCCUCGUCGGCCUCGUAGGCCAGUUCAACGUCCUCAAUGCUGCCAUCCACCGCGCGGCCUACACCGUGCAGCCGGCCCUCACGCUGCUCAUCGCGCUGACGCUGGCGCUGGCCAUCGCCGCUCUGGUGCGCAUCACCCUCCCGGCACUCAACCCAGCGCUCAACAGCGGCUCCUUCGACGGUGACACAGCAGGCGGCGGAGACGCAGUCCUGGAGGGAGGCGGCGGCCUCACAGGCGACGCCGUGGCGGUGGCCUGGGUGGCGGUCUUGCUGCUCCUCGGCCUGCGGCUACUGGAGCGCAUCGCAGUGGUCAACCUGAAGUGCAAGCGUCUGCCCGCGCUCGUUCACUGUCUGGACUUUGGCCACGAGAUUGAUCACGACCGCUGGUGCGUCGCCGCGCACAUUGCCGGCUCCGGGGCCGGCUUCCACGUGCACAGCGUGCUCGUGUCGAGGGGUGCGGUGCUGAAGCUGGGGUACGUCUCCGUCGCGGGCGUCUUCCUGCUGGCCACGCGUCUGCUGGCCUCGUUCCGCGCCUGA